AUGGAAGCCGCGGCAGGCGCAGCAGAGCCAGGGGCGGCAGCCCUACCCAAGCGCCUCAAGCUGAACCCAUCAGCCCCCUCCCGAUUCAGCGCCGCGCCCUUCCUCAAAGGCAUCAAGGUAUUUGUCCCCCAGUCCGGCAUCCCCUACCUCUCAACCAAGGCCAAGUUCUGGAGCGCCAGCGUGCGCAGGGCAGGCGGCAGCCUGACGCGGCUGCGCCCGGGCGGCUCCAAACCCCCCGCCAGCGCCGUCCAGGGGCGGGGGCACCCCGGCUCCCCCGUUGCCGCCAGCAGGAGCAGGGGCAGCUCCCCCGACGGCAGCAAGGGGCGGGGCGAGGGGCGCAGCGACCAACGCGGCAGCGGUGACAAGCAGCCCAAGGGCGGCGUGGCUGGAGAAGGCGGCCAGCAGCUACAGUAUGUGAGCCACCAGUGGGUGGAGCAGUCCCUGGCCCGCCAGCAGCUGCUGCCGCCGGCAGACUACCCGCCGCCCGACCCAGACGCCCAAGUGCACACCCCCACGGCAGUGGCACGGCCCCCCUCCCGCACCGGGCAGAGCCUGGGCAGCGGCGCGGCGUCGGGAGGCAGCGCCCCGAGUGGCGAGGCGCUGCAGCGCAUGAGGUGGCUGGGGCCCCAGCUGUGGCACGCGCGCUGUGCAGACAUGUCGGCAAACGAGCUGGCGCUGCAGGCAGGCGGGCCUGCUGCCGCUGCUGCUGCUGUGCUGCCACUGCUGCUGCUGUUGUGCCUGCUGUGCCUGCUGUGCCUGCUGUGCCUGCUGCCUUCGCUGCUGUACCUGCGGCUGCCGGCCGAGGCCUGCCGAGCCUUGCACGCCGUCCUUGCUGUCUACUCUCGGAAGCGAAGCGAGGAGAUCGGCAACGAGCCGGUGGUGAAGGCGCUCAGCGAGCUGUCUCGCUACGAGCGGGCACUGCACGACGACUACUUCACGGUCCAAGAAACGGGGAAGCAGGACCAAGUGAACCACCGGGCGCUGCGGUACAGCAGGGCGGCCUCGGCCGUGCGCGCCUGCGCCUACAAGCUCCAGCCCAACCUGCGGGGCGGCCAGCUGCCCUUUGUCGGCGACGUGACUGCCAGCCAGAUCAAAGACAUCCUUGAGUCGGGCACAUGUCAGGCGCUGGAGUGCUUCAGGCGUGUGGCCGACGUCGCUGUGACCGACUCCAAGGGGCGGAGGCGCAGGGACAGCGUGGGCGGCGCCACCCGAGCCCUGUUCCACUCGCUGCCGGGCGUGGGGGUGCAGGCGGCCAAGCGGUGGUGGGACCUGGGCUGCAGGUGCUUCGAGGAUGUGGAGCUGGCGGCGGAGCCGGGCGGCCCGCUGGGCCAGGGGGGCGCCUUCCCGCUCACCCGCGACCAGCGCUUCUCGCUGGGCCACCGGGGAGACCUGCUGGAGGUCGCGAUCCCGGGGGAGGUGCGGGAGAUGCUGGUGGCGGUCCAGCAAGGCCUAGAGGCUGUCAGCCACCCCGGCUGGCGGGUGGAGCUGGUGGGCGGAGGGCGCCGCUCCGCCGCCGCCCACGACGCAGACUUUCUCGCCACCCACCCCAGCCAGCCAGUGAGCGGGGUGGUGAGGCGGCUGAGGGAUCGCUUGGUCGCCGCCGGGCGCCUGGUGCCGCCGGAGCGGGGCAUUUGCUGGUUCGAUCACAUCUACGGCGUGUUCCGCACUGCGUCCGGCAAGGUGCGGCGCAUGGAUGUCAUCAUUGCCCCACCAGACGAGUUCUGCUUUGCCUUGGUGGGCUGGAUCGGCUCCCGCACCUACCUGCGGUUCAUGCGGGCGUUUGCCAAGGACCAAGGGCUGUACCUGAACAGCCACAGGCUGAUGCAGAAGCAGGGCAACGAGUCGUUUGUGGUGCCUGACGAGCGGUCACCCCUGGACAAGGCGGGGCAGGAGCGGUGGCCCCCCGGCUGGGGGCCGGGGCGGCGGGUGGAGUGCGAGCGCGACGUGUUCGAGCUGCUGCAGGUUCCGUACCGCGAGCCACACGAGCGAGAUGCACCCUGA